AUGGACAGCAAUAGGCUAGAGCUUGGAAGAGGAAACGAGACGGAUCGGCUGGCAUUGAUUGCCAUUAAAGCUCAAAUACACCAAGAUCCUAAUCAGCCGGUCAUGAGCUCCUGGAAUGAGUCCACUCAUUUUUGCAUAUGGUAUGGUGUCACCUGCAGCCGACGCCAUCUUCAGAGGGUCACUAAGCUGAACCUAACUUCCCUGAAGUUAUCCGGAUCAAUAUCUCCUCACAUAGGAAACCUGAGCUUCCUGAGGGAGUUACUCCUCUAUGAUAAUAGCCUCACCAACAAAAUUCCUCCAGAAAUUGGGUACUUACGGAGGUUGCUGAUAUUAAAUCUAGUAAACAACUCACUCAGUGGUCCUAUUCCUGCCAAUAUCUCCAAUUGUUUCAACCUCAGAUUCCUCUCUGUUUCGAACAACAUGCUGGUAGGUAACAUUCCUCCACAACUUGAUUCCUUGUCUAAGCUUGAGUAUCUUGUUUUGCAAAUUAAUAAUUUAACAGGAGAGAUACCUCCUUCCUUGGGUAAUCUUUCCAGUCUUGACACACUUCGUGCUCGUCAGAAUAACUUGGUGGGCAGUAUUCCUAGUUCUUUAGGCCAACUGAAAAAAUUAUCAUAUUUUUUGGUAGAGUCAAAUAGGUUGUCUGGUACCGUCCCUCCCUCCAUCUAUAACAUCUCUAGUCUCCUUUCUUUUGCCAUAGCAGACAACCAGAUUCAAGGGGGCAUGCCCCCAUCCUUAUUCAGAACCCUCCCGAAUCUCCAAUUUUUUAGCAUUGUCCUUAAUCAGUUUACUGGAUCACUUCCUCUCUCAAUAAGCAAUGCUACUAAUCUAGUGGUAUUUCAAGUUAAUAAUAACGAACUGAAAGGGCAAGUGCCGAAUUUACAAAAGCUUUGCAACCUUGGGUUUUUCAACAUUCUACAUAAUCAUCUUGGAAGCGGUAGUGAUGGGGACUUAAGUUUUUUAUCAGACUUGACCAAUGCCACGAAGUUGCAGUGGUUGCUAAUAGGAUUCAACAACUUCGGAGGGACGUUGCCGGCAUCAAUAUCUAAUCUCUCAACCCUUUCAAUUCUACAUGUUUGGAACAACCGUUUACACGGAAGCUUCCCUGCAGGGAUAGGGAAUCUAGUCAACAUGAAAGAAUUGAAAUUGGGUGAUAACAUGUUCACAGGUAAUAUUCCCACUGACAUCGGGAAGCUUUCAGGUAUUCGGAUAUUGGAAUUUGGAAACAACAGAUUAUCCGGGAGCCUCCCAUCCUCUCUAGGAAAUCUGACAUCAUUACUUCGUCUCGAAUUGCAAGGAAAUUACUUUAAUGGCACCAUCCCUAGAAGCCUCGGGGAAUGCCGUUCAUUGCUGUUGUUGAAUCUUUCUUGUAAUAACCUUAGUGGCGCCAUCCCUCCACAAGUUAUUGGCCUUUCCUCCUUAUCAAUAUAUUUGGAUUUGUCUGAGAAUCGUCUCAGUGGUUCCCUUCCCUUGGAGGUAGGAAAGUUAAAAACUCUAGGCAUAUUAAAUGUCUCUAAUAAUAUGUUAUCAGGAAAACUUCCUGGUAGCUUUGGUAGCUGUGAGAGUUUGGAAGUCCUUCUCUUGCAAGGGAACUUCUUUGAUGGCCCCAUUCCUUCAGCUUUGGGCUCCUUGAAAGGGAUUCGAGAAUUAGACAUUUCCCACAACAAUCUCUCCGGUGAGAUUCCUGAGUUUCUAGCGAGGCUUAGAGGUUUGAAGCAACUUAACCUGUCUUUCAACAAAUUUUGGGGUGCAGUGCCAGUUAAAGGUGUCUUUAACAAUGCAAGUGUCAUUUCAGUUGUCGGAAACACAAGACUUUGCGGUGGUAUUUCUGAUCUCCACCUUCCAAAGUGCAAGUUUAAGGAAUCGAGGUCUCCUAGCAAGAAACUAACAAUCUCAUUAGUCUCUACAUUCACUGUUCUUGGAGUAGCUAUGCUGUUGACGUUUCUUUUUCUUUGUUUCUUGAAAAAGAGAAGCAAAGAAACUCCAUCAAGCUCAUUAGCGAACUUUGCUUUACAAGUGUCGUAUAGUGCUCUCUUGAAAGCUACUGACGGCUUCUCUGCAGCAAAUUUGAUUGGUGCUGGUAGUUUUGGGUCUGUAUACAAAGGAAUUCUCGACGAAGAUGGAGCUCAGCUUGUUGCUGUGAAGGUGUUUAACAUGUUACGCCGGGGUGUUUCAAAGAGUUUCCUAGCCGAAUGCGAGGCACUCAGAUAUAUCAGACACCGAAAUCUAGUCCCGAUUAUAACUGCAUGUUCCUGUGUGGACUAUCAUGGUAAUGAUUUCAAGGCUUUGGUUUAUAAGCUCAUGGAGAAUGGGAGCUUAGAGGAGUGGCUGCAUCCAACUACUGAGACAAAAGACACACCAAAGAGUUUAAGUCUUGUUCAAAGGCUAGACAUUGCCAUUGACGUUGCAUGUGCAGUGGAUUAUCUUCAUAAUCAUUGUGAAACACCAAUAGUUCAUUGCGAUCUCAAGCCGAGCAAUGUUCUUUUGGACCACGACUUGACGGGACAUGUUGCUGAUUUUGGAUUAGCUAGAAUCCUCUCAAGACUAGCUGAUAACGUUUCAGCAAAUCAAUCAAGUUCCAUUGGAAUAAGAGGGACUGUCGGUUAUGCUGCUCCAGAGUAUGGAAUGGGAAGUGAGGUGUCGACAUAUGGAGAUGUCUACAGCUUUGGCAUUCUCAUGUUAGAGAUGUUUACGGGGAAGAGACCCACUGAGCACAUGUUCAUGGACGAUUUGAACCUUCAUAAGUGUGUGAAGAUGGCCUUGGGCAAACGAGCUUCAGAGAUUGCAGAUUCGUCAGUUGUUCAAGAAGGCAAUCCAAGGCAGAGCACCAACGAUGCUCUUGAAGAAUGUUUGAGUUCAGUAUUAGGUAUUGGAGUUGCAUGCUCUGUGGAAUCCCCAACAGACCGAAAGAAUAUUGGUGAUGUUGUGUCUAAACUGAAAAAGAUUCGAGCAACUCUUGUUGGAUAG